UGGAAAACCAAUGGCUUUGCAAAAGGAAAAGCAAGCUCAGCCCUUUACAGACAUCUUUGAUGAAGAUGAAGCUGAAAGAUCCUUUCUGUUGUCCAAGCCUGCAUGCUUAGUUGUCAUGGGAAAGCCAGGUUCUGGAAAGAAAACGUUAGCUAGGAAACUAGCACAGAGAUGGAAUUGCAUUUUCAUAGAAGCUGCAGAAGUAAUUCAGAUGAAUAUUCAACAAGAAACAGAAUAUGGAGUUAAGUGUCAAGAAUUUCUUUAUCGAGGUGAAAGUGUUCCUGAGGAACUGGUUACAGAAAUGAUUCUGCAAAAGAUUGAGUCACCAGAAGUUGCUCAUUUUGGUUAUGUUCUCACUGGAUUCCCUUCUCUCUCAGAGGAAUACAUGACUGUACCACAGCAAAUAGAGAAAAUAAAGAACCUAAAAUUAAAACCGGAUGUCUUGAUUAACAUUAAGUGUCCAGAUUAUGAUUUAUGCCAAAGAAUAUCAGGACAAAGGCAACAUCCUGAUUCAGGAGAGCUAUAUCAGAGGAGCCAGUGGGAUCCUAAACCUAUUGAGAAACGUAAGAGAGAAAAUCAGGAUGAAGAAGAGGAGGAAGAAGAUGAASAGCARGAAGAAGAAGAUACUCCAGGAGGUCAGCGUAAGAAAUUAGAAUAUUUUCAUGAAGUAGUGCAUAGGCCUGAAGAUUCUCUUGAAAAUGCAGAGAAAAGAAUUGGAUUAUACAAGGAUAUGCUGCUUCAUCCUUUAGAAGAGUUAUUGACUGAGCAGGAUUGUCGAUAUCUUAUUGAAGUGGAUGGAAAUCAGCAACCAGACGUUGUCUUUGAGGCAGUYGUAGGCCGACUUCAGUCUAUGGAAGUUCAAAAUGCAGCUCCUAUAACCAGRCUUCAAAGUGAACAAGAUGACAUGCUAGAAGGAAAGGAAGAUGAUGAACUUUUCCGGGCUCUGUCAUCUUGCAAUCUGAUAGCGCCCAGAUAUCGAUGGCGCAGAAGCAGGUGGGGACAAGCGUGCCCUGUGGCUCUAAAGGAAGGGGACAUUGUAAUGGGAAGCCCAGAGUUUGCUGUCAGUUUUCUAGGUAAAAUGUAUGUACUGUCAUCUCAAGAGGCAUUGAAAAAAUUUAUGUUGAAUCCACGGCCUUACCUCUUACCUCCAAUGCCAGUUCCUCCUUGUAAAGUAUUUGUGUUUGGUCCUCCAUUAUCUGGAAGAACAACUACUUGUAAUGCAAUUGCACAAAAUUAUAAAGGAAAGGUUCUUGAUAUGGACCAACUCAUUCAACAAUAUAAAGAGUCAAAAGAAGAAAACCCUGAGGAAUUCCAAAAGCGUGCAGUAGAAAAGGCUAUAGCAGCAGUGAAAAAUAGAUUGGAAUUAGAAGAACAAUUGGAAGAAUCAGAGGUAACUGCUGACGAUCCAGAAGUUCAGGCCAUAGUAGAAGAAGCCAUGAAAAGUGAUGUUACGUCACCUCAAAUACAUGCUGAAAUACUGGAGGAUGCUAUUGCAGAGCUUAUGAAGACAAACAAAGACAGGUUUCCUGGUGCUUCAGAAAAAGGAGGGUGGGUAGUGGAUAACUACCCUCUGUCAGCAGAUCACUGGGCAGCUUUAUCAGAGAAAGAACUUCUACCUGAUACUGUUGUCUGUCUGAAGAAUACAGUGAAUGAUGGAGCGUGUAUACUACGCAGAGCAUAYUUAGCAGAGAGAAAUGAAAGACCAACAGAUGAAGCAUUAGAAAACAAAGAAGAUGAAGCAGGAGAAGAAAUGGAAGAACCACUGAUGCCAGAGGAAGAUCAGUCUCUAGGUGCUGCUGAACAAGAAAUCAAGGAACCUGAAUUUGCAGAAGAGGGUUUUACAAAUACACAAGAAAUGGAAACAAUGAAGGAACCUGAAUUUGCAGAAGAGGGUUUUACAAAUACACAAGAAAUGGAAACAAUGGAGGAACCUGAAUUUGCAGAAGAGGGUUUUUCAAAUACACAAGAAAUGGAAAGAAUGAAGAACAAGAUUGACCUUUUCAUGAAUGAUUGGAAAACAGUAGAAUUAAGAAUCAAGAAUUCAUCUCAAGUUCAGCUUGUUGUUUUAGAGAUUGAUGAGCAAACACCAGAAAGUCUGCUUAAUCGUAUUGUGCUGGUUAUGGACAAACUCUUUAAAUAUCACGGUUGGGAAUUAGCUGAUGAAGACUUAGAGGAGGAAGACCAAGAUCUGGCUGCUGAAGCAGAAAAUGAGGAAGAAGAAGAAGAGGAAGAAGAAGAGGGAGAGACAGGUGAAGAAGAGGAACAAGAUGAAGAAGUAGCUAAGCAAAAGAAAAGGCACAUGGGAGACACAAAACACUUUUGUCCAGUCAGACUGAAAGAGGACUUUGUCCUCUACCCUGGACUCCAGGAAUAUGCAGCAAAAUAUAAAGAAAAGAUUUAUUACUUUUCAACUUCUGARUGCAGAGAUAAAUUUUUGAAGAGCCCUGAGGAGUACGUGGCUCACAAUAAACCACUACAAGCUCCUCCUUUACGGGUGUGUUUACUUGGCAUUCAUGGAGCAGGUAAAAGUACUUGUGCGCGACAGUUAGCAGACAAAUUAGGCAUUUUCCAUAUUCAAUUUGAAGAAUAUCUACAGGAAUUGAUUUUACCUAAAACUAAGAAGAAAGUUGGGCCCUUUGGUGAUGAAGAUCAUGAAUCUGACUAUAAAAUACCAGAGGAGCUAGAWGACUUCUCUCAGACCAGGGCUAAAACUGAAAUAGAAAAAAGCAAACAGGAAGUGGAAUUAACUGAUCAAGAAGUGGCAAUCAAAGCAAAUCUAAUGGAUAAUACRGAACUGCCUCCAGAAGUCCUUGAUAACAUUGUUCUUGACUGGUGGAAGAAAGAGCCAUUCCGGUCCACAGGCUUUAUACUGGAUGGCUUUCCUCGUAGUUCAGAUGAAGCCAAAUAUUUGUCAGAUCGAGGACUCUGUCCUGAUGUUGCAGUUUAUAUUCAAGUAGAAGAAAGUAACAUUCUUGACCGUCUUUUUCCUCCACGUCUGGAAAAAUGGAAAGACAGACGACGUAAAAAAAAGGAAUAUAAAAGGAACCUGAAGGAGCUAAAAGCAAAAAAAAGGAAUGAGAAGAUUGCCAGAAGAAGGGAAGAACUUUUAGCAGAGCGAAAACAGAUGAAGCAGGAGGCUUUAGAAAAUAAUGAGAAUGAUGAAGCUACKGAGGAGGAUGAUGAGAAUGAAAAGAAAGUUAUUGAAGCUAUACUUGCAGAAGAGUUUUUAGUAGUAGAAGAAGAUGAAGAACUAGAUGAUGAAGAAGAAGAAGAUGAAGAAGAAGUUGCUGAGCGCAUGCAAAGUGAAAUUUCAGAAAGGUUUGAAACAGAAGUAGAGAGAUUACAAGGUGUGCAGGAAGAAUUUGAAAGGUUAUUAAUACCAGCAGUUGAGAUCAGUGGAGAACGGAAGCCUCGUGUUGUCUGCUACCAAAUAUACAACAAGCUGAAAUCUCUAGUGGAAAACCGUGAAAGCAUUUUUGAGAAAUGUUACCCAAUAAGUUUGCCACUUGCACAGAAGAUGCUCGGUUGCUCAUAUAAAUUACUAAGUUCUUUUGGUCAUUGGGAUCCAAUCAAGCUAAGUAAAGGAGACGUGAUCAGGCCACAACAAAGGCAAAGAAAUGCAGUCUUUCCAGUAAUCCAUCGACAAUAUAUUUAUUUCCUUUCAAGUAAAGAAAAUAAAGAAAUAUUUAUGACAAAUCCCAUCAAAUAUAUUUGUCAGCCAAAACCUAAUACAUUUAUGCCAAUAAAGAUUGCAAUUGUGGGACCUCCAAAAUCUGGAAAGACUACAGUUGCCCAGAGACUUGCAAGUGUUUAUGGUUUCCAGCGCCUGUCCUUAGGAGACGCCAUCCGGUUGGUGAUCAACAACCAGCCAGAGAGUGAGUUGGCACUGAUGGUAAAGUCACACCUUCACCAAGGACUCACUGUACCUGAUGAAUUGGCCAUCCAGGCUCUAGAUGUGGCUCUGCUAAAUCACGUGAAUAAUGCCACUGGAGUGGUAAUUGAUGGAUAUCCUCAGACAAGAAAACAAGUAAAUCUCUUGGAAUCAGCUAAGAUAAUUCCAGCAAAAAUCUUUGAAUUUGAAAUGGAUUCAAAGGAAGUGUUCAGAAGAGCAUUGUUGGAUAAGGAAAUCGCAGACCGACCUCCCUAUCCUGAACAUAAUAGCUCACAGAUUCUAGCUGUUAAAAAUUCCUGCUAUAAACAGCACAUUGAUGAUAUUAGAACUUACUAUAUGAAGGAACGUCAGAACUGGUGUGUGAUUGAUGGCGGUCAUAGCAAGUGGAGGGUGUGGAACAAAGUUUUGCAAGAAGUUCAAGUGGUUGUUAAACAAAUCCAGGUAUACCUGGAAAGAAGAAGAGAAGGAAAAGCAGCCAACAUUGCUGAUUUAUGUAUCACUCCUGAGGAACUGCAGGCACAGCUGGGGGAGUAUGGACAGUACUGUCCCGUCAGCCUUGCAGAGAAGGGUGAACUGAUUGACUGCUCUGGAACUUCCUCAUUGGAGUUUGCUGCAGAGUUUCAAGGACACUAUUACAAAAUGGCUUCACAGGAAAAACUGGAAAAAUUCUUGAGCAGACCAGAUGCUUAUGUGUCAUCACUGGCACCUCACCCUUUCCCACCCCCACAUAUGCUACCACAGAAACUGACUGCAGAAGAAGUCAAGGCCKUAUUCCCUCUAAAGGCUGAAAUGCAGGGAUACUGUCCAGUCACUUACCUGGAUGGAAAACAGAGAUAUGAAGCUUUGGUGCCUGGCAACAUUGAGUAUGCAGCGAAAUACCAAGAUAAGAUAUAUCUUCUUGAAAGUGAAGAAAAACUUCAGAAGUUUAUGAGGUUACCAGAGAAGUACUGGAAUCUGAAGCUUCCCCAUAAACUCCCUCCAAAAAAGGAGCCAAUGUUACUAACUACACUUCCUUUGGCUGGAUACCUUGAACAGGGAGUAGCAACUUCUCUAAUAAAAGCUCUGCAUGAAGUUGGUAGCCUUAAGCCAAAGUUUCCAUUCCUAAGUGUGAAAGAAACUGCUCUGCUUUUUGUUUCCUUCCAUUUAAAAGCACACAACCCCCAGAACUCGGAGCCAGUGCGGCAGAUGUACAGGAAGAAGCUGUUGCAGUUUGUGGAACAUUGCGAACUCCUCCCCUACCUGGGGACUGCCAUGAUGGGCCCUUAUAAGGAGCCAAAAGAUCGGCCCCUUGGCCUUGAUGAUAAGCUGCAGACUUUUUUUUCCCUGAAAGGCACCCGCCCCACUUUUGUGUAAACCCUGUAUUCCCACUGAUUAGCACAUGGAGCGUUGCCCUCAGGCACCAGUAUGGAUGCGAUGUGGCUUGUGAACAUUGUGCCUUUUCAGGCCCAUUUUUUAACCAUAAAAUCUUAGAAAUAAAAUUUUUUGUCUGAAGUUGAAAGAGAUAAAGCUACUAGAGAGCAUCCAAAGGAGGGCUGUGAUAAUGG